UGCAGCUGGUAGCGGGAAAUCGAAACUCAAGCUGUUAAAACCGCUGCCCCUGCCCUUCGGAAUCGCAUCUCGAGACUAAGCGUCCCAGCCCGCAUCCCUCCCGCAGCGGGCGCCGGGACCCGUGGACUCAGAGCUAUGUUCACCCGCACUCGGGUGAUGGGCUCCGGGCUCGGCGCCUCUCCCGCCCCCGGCCGGGCCCGGGACCCCCCUGGGCGGCGCCCGGAGCCAGGCAGGCUGCAAGGUCCCAGACGCGGGGUGGAGGCGGCGCCCCAGAGCCCCGCGCAGGAGAGCCCGGGGCUCGCGGGCCAGCGGCUCCCAGGCGCAUAUACUGUCAUAGCACCAAAUGAAAACCGAAGAAAUCAGAUACAAAGGAUUGCUGAGCAAGAGCUACAGAGUCUUGAGAAGUGGAAGGAGCAACAUGGAGCGAAGCCCGUUAACCUGGCGCCAAGGCGGUUAGGUGGAAGCCAAUCAGAGGCUGAAGUCAGGCAGAAACAACAACUCCAACUGAUGCAAUCUAAAUACCAGCAAAAGCUAAAAAGAGAAGAAUCUGUAAGAAUCAGGAAGGAAGCGGAAGAAGCCAAAAUGCAAAAAAUGAAGGCAGUUCAGAGAGAGAAGAGCAAUAAACUAGAGGAGAAAAAAAAACUUCAAGAAAACCUCAGAAGAGAAGCAUUUAGAGAGCACCGGCAAUACAAAACUGCUGAGUUCCUGAGCAGACUGGACGCAGAGUUGCCAGACAGAAGUACCCGUCAAAUUGCUCUUCGUGACCCACAGUCUUCAGCUUGGAAACUUCCUGUCCUGCCUGGGAAUCACAGCUGGGCCAGAAGCCGGGCUUAUAAGGAUUCUCUAAAGGAAGAAGAAAAUAAAAAAUUGCAAAAGAAGAAGGAGGAACAACAUCAGAAGAGUGAAUUACUGGAAUUUAACCGACAGCAACAGGAGGAAGAAAGAACCAAAGCCCGCCAAGCUGAACACAGAAGGGUAAAUAAUGUUUUUCUGGACCGGCUCCAAGGCAAAAGUCAACCAGGUGGCUUCAAGCACUUUGGAGGCCAUUGAAAUAUGAAUAGUGGUGACAGCUGGGAUGUAUGAGAAAUACUUACUUACAUCUGUCCUUUGUCAACUGACCUGAAGAACCUCACUUGAUGAUUUUCCUUAAUGCUCCUUUGUUUAUCCUCACGGGUUUUAUCUUGACUUCAAUUGCCCAUCCACUUCUCUGAACAACUGGGGAUGACCAGUUUUUCCCUGUCAUUAUUUAC